AUGUUCUCCUCCGAAGAGCUGUGGAACUCAACUGAACAGGUCUGGAUCAACGGCUCCCAGGUGAACUUCUCUCUGGGAAGACGUGGGGGCGAUGACGAGGAGGAGGAAGGAGAUCAGCACCCCUUCCUCACAGACGCCUGGCUGGUCCCCCUCUUCUUCUCCCUCAUCAUGCUGGUCGGACUCGUGGGCAACUCUCUGGUUAUUUAUGUCAUUUCCAAACACAGGCAGAUGAGGACAGCAACUAAUUUCUACAUAGCAAACCUGGCUGCCACUGACAUCAUCUUCUUGGUGUGCUGUGUCCCCUUCACUGCCACCCUCUAUCCUCUCCCUGGAUGGAUCUUUGGCAACUUCAUGUGCAAAUUUGUUGCCUUUCUACAGCAGGUGACAGUCCAAGCCACCUGUAUCACUCUGACUGCCAUGAGUGGAGACCGCUGUUAUGUCACAGUCUACCCUCUGAAAUCCCUCCGCCACCGUACCCCGAGAGUAGCCAUGAUCGUCAGCAUCUGCAUAUGGAUCGGUUCCUUCAUCCUGUCUACCCCGAUUUUAAUGUACCAGCGUAUAGAGGAGGGUUACUGGUACGGUCCAAGGCAGUACUGCAUGGAGAGAUUUCCCUCUAAAACACAUGAGAGGGCUUUCAUCCUCUACCAAUUUAUUGCUGCCUACCUGCUACCUGUCCUCACUAUCUCCUUCUGUUACACUCUGAUGGUGAAGAGGGUGGGUCAGCCCACUGUGGAACCAGUAGACAACAACUAUCAGGUCAACCUGCUGUCUGAGAGAACUAUAAGUAUCAGAAGCAAAGUCUCCAAGAUGGUGGUAGUGAUUGUCCUCCUCUUCGCCAUCUGCUGGGGACCCAUCCAAAUCUUCGUCCUCUUCCAGUCUUUCUAUCCAAACUACCGUCCGAACUACGCCACAUACAAGAUCAAGACGUGGGCCAACUGCAUGUCUUACGCCAACUCCUCAGUCAACCCCAUCGUUUAUGGUUUCAUGGGAGCCAGCUUCCAAAAGUCCUUCAAGAAAACCUUCCCCUUCUUGUUCAAGCACAAGGUCAGAGACAGCAGCAUGGCUUCAAGGACUGCCAACGCUGAAAUCAAAUUUGUUGCUGCAGAGGAAGGCAACAAUAAUAACGGAGUAAACUGA